CGUAGAGGUCCCAAUGGCGGGCUUGACCGCGGCGUCUCUGUUUUCUGGACAGGUGGAAGCUCCGGUUUGACGAGCUGCCGUUGUUCUCAAUACAAAGACAGGCGGAGACGAGAAAGACCUGAAAUUCCCCCCGAAUUAAAACAUGAACUUAUGUCGGAGACUAUAAAUAUUUUACAGAAAAUAAAAGCGGUAGUUUGAACGGUUUUUGUGAAAAAUGUCCGCAGGAGAAGAGAGAAAAUUGAAGAGAAACUGCGCAGUCAUAGUUUAAUGGGAGCGGUGACCUGAGCAGAUAUGCCAGCCGACGACAAGGUUGCCAUCCUGACAGAUGAUGAGGAGGAGCAGAAGAGGAAGUAUGUCCUCGCUGAGCCAUUCAACACCCUCUCCAUGGCCCAGCAAGAGGCUGUCACAGCGCCACCAGGACCCGGCUCUGACAUGGCACGUGAUCAGGUGGCAGCAGUGGCGGCCUCACAGCCAAAUUCCAUGGACUGCUGCGAGAGGACGUGCCUCCGCAUCAACAGCCACCUCCUCAUCUCCAAAGUCUUCUAUUUCUUUUUCUAUGCCGCCUACGGCUCGCUGCACCCCCUGCUGGCCGUGUAUUACAAGCAGCUUGGCAUGUCAGCCAGCCGCAGCGGGCUGCUCGUCGGCAUCCGCUACUUCAUUGAAUUUUGCAGCGCCCCCUUCUGGGGUGUAGUGGCGGACCGUUUCAAGAAAGGAAAAGUUGUGCUGCUGUUUUCCGUUCUGUGCUGGUUAAUGUUCAACUGCGGCAUCGGGUUUGUCAAACCUGCGGAAAUGAUAUGUGAGGAAAAGGGAGCUUCUCUCUCCACGCCUGUUCCACCCGUGGUAACGGUCCAGCCUCAGGAUAACGUAACACAACCAAGCAACUCCACCAACCACACCAGAAGUCGGCGAAACGUACUGGAGCUGCAUGUGGAGCAUUCCCACGUGCUCCACAGGCUCGAACGUAGUGUGGAUGCCAACAUAACCACAACAUACUCUCCAUUUAAUUUACUAAACACCACCCAGCUCGUACCAAACACCACUCUGCAGACCACCACCAGUUCUGCUCCAGCACCUGAGAAAAAGUACCAGAUCAUCUACAACAGGGACCAGGUGGAGUCCAUCUUCCUGCUCAUCCUGCUUGUCAUCAUCGUGGGCGAGUUCUUCAGCGCUCCCGCCGUCACCAUCGUGGACACGGUGACCCUGCAGUAUCUCGGUAAAGCCCGCGACCGCUACGGCCUGCAGAGGAUGUGGGGCUCUCUGGGUUGGGGUCUGGCAAUGCUGCUGGUGGGCAUCUGGAUUGACCACACUCAUAUCACCGUGGCGAUUGAAGGCACUGGUUGCGCUGUGCCCGAUUUUCGCCUUCACAACUACCAGCUCGCCUUCAUUGUCUUUGGUGUUCUGAUGGGUGUGGCGUUGAUUGUGGCCACUCAGUUUUACUUUGAGAAAGGCGGUGAAUACCAGCAGGAAGUUCCAGAGGUGGUGGAGGACUCGGCGAACACUGACAGGGAGUCAGUCACUUCAGAGCAGACCCCCAGCAACCCCAACACCACCCAGGAGUUCCACUACAGUGACCUCCUCAAGCUGUUGUGCAGCGUGCGCUACAGCUCCGUCCUCUUUGUCGCCUGGUUCAUGGGCUUUGGCUACGGCUUCGUCUUCAGCUUCCUGUACUGGCACUUGGAGGACCUGGGCGGGACCACCACGCUCUUUGGGGUCUGCUCCGUCCUCAGCCACAUCUCAGAGCUCGCUGCGUAUUUCACCAGCCACAAGUUCAUCGAGCUCGUGGGACACAUCAGAGUGCUGUACAUCGGGCUGGCCUGCAACACAGCUCGCUACCUGUACAUCUCCUACCUGGAGAACGCCUGGAUCGUCCUGCCCAUGGAGAUCCUUCAAGGUGUGACCCAUGCCUCAGUUUGGGCAGCUUGUAUCUCCUUCCUGAGCGCCGCGGUCCCGCCGGCUCUCAGGACGUCGGCGCAGGGAAUUCUGCAGGGGCUGCACCUCGGGCUGGGUCGCGGCUGCGGAGCCAUGGUCGGAGGAGUAUUCGUCAAUUAUUUUGGUGCUGCAGAGACGUUCAGAGGAAUCGGCAUGGCCUCCCUCGUCAUCCUCCUCAUCUUCUCCUUCAUCCAGUGUCUGACCGGAGACACUGAAGGCAAAGAGGACAAAAUGCUAGCAGAGAACAUCCCUGUGCCCUCCAGUCCAGUCCCGAUCGCCACCAUCGACCUGGUGCAGAGUCACGCACCCGACGGCAGCCCGGCCCCAGUGCGACAGGCUCCCUUGUUGCCAGUAAGGAAGACUAAACAUCAGGAGGAUCAGGAGGACCCGAACAGACCGGCUUGGAUGCUUUCCGGUGCCCCCUGGGUCACCAUUGCCUUCGCCUUUGUCCAGAUCAAAGAGAUGAUCAGCCUGGCAAAGAACAGCACUCGAGACCCUCACCCACUGCAGGUGCAUAAUGAGCGGGCGGUGGCUGAGUACGAGGCGGUGGCAACUUCGCACAGAAACUCGAGUGAUGACGGCGCACACCCGCCGAAAUCCACCACGGAAACUCCCACGCAAGCAGACACCGCCCACACCUCACACACAGACUCUGACAAAGACCAAACGCACCCUGCGUCAGACGGAGGAGCGCCCAAAGACAAUACGGUCUUCACAGAAGAAAACCCACAUUGAGUGUUCAUUUAAAAACUAUUGAAUGCACACACAGAGGGCUUUAACCCCAGUGUGUUUCAUUACUGCAAAGUGACCUGUCUAAACAAGUUCAUCUGUCCUCUAGUUCAGUGUUAAAAUCCUGUUGUGUGGUGAAGUGAUUCCUCUGCAGUUUAUAAACACUGUGUCCAGAUUAUUCUAAAAGCUAGUGUAGUGUGUACAUAUGAUUGUGAAAUGGGGGAUUAUCCUUGAAUACUGGAAGCAAGCUGGGAAUGGUUUAAUUCUAGAGGUGCAGUGGUUUCUAAACUUCAUUAAUGGAUGGUUUUUGCAGCAGGUUUGAAACUGAUCUCUGCGCACUGCAACACCUUCCAGUGGAUUGUGAAGGAAAUUCCUUCAUUUGUAAAUGUGCCUCUUGAUGUGUUAUUUAACUUAAUUUACAUUUAAAAUGGGAAGAAAACUGUUGAAGUGUUUUUUAAAAGAAGUAAUGAUACAACGUGCAGCUUUGACUGGACGACAGCACAAAUGACUUCAUGGGAUUUUAACUUGUGGCAGGGAUUUUUUUUUUGUUUUGUUUUGUUAAUUCUACUGUAAUACAAGAGUUCUCAAUCUGAAUGUGCCGUAGAUCAUUUUCAUGGCUUUGAAUGUGUGGAGCUAAAUUCACAAUAAAAGCCUCUCAGUUGUGUCUGGCUGAGUGCUUUUAAUUUGAAGCAGCAGCAUAAGUAACUAACCGUGAAAACUACCACAUACUGAAUGAGAAAUACAGCAAACAGAAAAGCUUUACAACAAGUUUAAAUUCAACCUGUGAUUACUUAGUAUAUAAAUGAAAUCAGAAACAUUUUUUUAAUGCACAUAAAACGGAGGCUAUCUUUUCUACUGAGGGCCUGCUUUUCUAAAAAUCAGUGUUUAUUUUUUUCUUGGGGAAGUUUAACCCAUUUAAGUUAAUGUAUCAUUUUAAUGUUUCUCUAAAAGUUAACUAAUGUCUGUUGUUCUGGAGCUCUUUCUACGAUCCCCAAAGAUUUCUGUAAUUAAGAAAAUGUCACCUUUCUCUUCCCUCCUCAUAGAAAUGACCUCUCCUUUCUCCUUGUCUUUGUAGAGUCAUGAUGAGGCACAACAAUGUAAAUUUAGAGGUAAAUAACAAACAGUAAAUUAUACAUUACAUGUGCACACUUUCACCAAAGUUUUGUCUUUUUUUUUUUUUGUGUUCUUCCCCUACGUUUCCACUGUUGCACAAAAAAAGGAAACCGAAAUAAAACAGUUGCAUAAAAUAAUGAAUCAAAUACUGCAAAUAUAUUGGUGAAAAAGUGCAUAAAAAUCAGGCAAAUCUAGUUGCAGUAAAAAUACACAAAGUUUAUUAAAGAGAACGUGAUUCUAGGGACAAGAAAAAAUACAAUAAAUUAGAUUUUCUAAUACUUUGGUGAUAAAAAUUUGAAAUAAUAAUAAUACGCACAGCCUGUGACGGCACACCUUCACAGUGCGUGAGUAAAAAUUAAUUUGUGAAAUUUCUUGAAGAUAUAGAUGAUUUCUCCUGUGAGAACUUCUCUGAUUCUGACAUGCAAAUAAUAAACUGGUGCUUAUUAAAAUUGGGUUUAAUUCAUUCAAGCAUAAAAUGAGUGUAGACAGUCUGUAACCAUAACUGUACAAUGAGAAUGAUUCAGGUUAAUGCAAAGGCAACCACAUGAAAUAUAAUUACAGUUCAGGUAGUUAAUGGCACUGUAUUAUUCGCAAGAUUAUCAUGUGUGGUGUUAACACAAUCUCCAUAUUUCAUGUCUCAAAUGUCGCUGGAAAAAGCGAAUAACCGAGACAUAUAAGAAGACCAGAACGAGCUCCGUCACGUUCAGGGGGAUGGUAAAUUAGUUUGCCCCUCAUAUGACAGUUGACACUGAUAUAGCUAUAAUGUGGUUAGAAGAACUAUCUGAAAAACUGUUUAUUACAAAAACAAGUACUGUUGGUUGUUAAUGUAUUUUUUACAUAAGCUUACAAUAAUUUGGUUACGUCUGUGGUCUGUCUGUUGGGAAUUGCUGUAAUACUUAAAACUGUAUUUUUCAAAUUCCUUAAAUACAUUUAAUUAAUUUUUUUCAGUGCCGUUUCAGGUUGUGGGUACCUUAAAAAUGGACAGAGCUGGAAAUGGGAAGAAUAUUUUCAUUCUUGGACUCUACUAGAGUAGCUUUGUAUGAUUCACAGUUCAAAAUAAUCCGUAUUUAUAUUAAAAUGGGUCUCACUUCAUCCCUUUGACCAGCCUGGGAAUACACUGCACUCACUUAAGCGCUUUGAUUCCAGCAAACGUGUUUCAGAAGUGUCUCUAUGCUCGGGCGUAGAAAUCAGAUAAAGUUUCAAAAUAAAAGACCCAGAAGAUUACAUUUCUAAAACACUCCUGAUGUGAUUUGAAGGCAUUGCAGCAUCCCACACUCAAACCUAGUGUAUCCCCAGAAGGGAUGACAAUAUGUAAGGACGUCUGCUCUUACUGAUAUCAUAAAGAGCAAAAGAAAUGAUAAGAUGGCAUUUGGAGUUUGCGGCUCAAAAGGGUUGCUUGUACAUACGUUUUGUCCAUGUUUAACGUGGGUUUUGGCCACUGGAACAGAAGAUGGAUGCAAAAAUGUAGGAGAAGCAGAAUUGGUCCACAUAAAGACGUUACAUCCUCUACCUUUGUUGCUCCUUGACAAAUCAGAUUGUUGAAGUCUCGUGGGAGGAACUGCUGAGUCUGUUAAUUCUCGUCAGAGCUCACUGAAGGAGCUGUGAUGAAGAAGUGCCUCUUCUUAAUCAUCAUUAUUAUUCUAACUUCUUAUGAUGCGAUGUUGAGCAAAGACCCCUUUACUGUGCUACACUACACUGCCAACAGCUGACAUGCUCUCUGCUUCCUGUCUUUUAUUUUCAUGCCAAUAGUUUUCAGUAUUGAGUGUUUUUGUGCCGUAUGUGUAGGAAAGCCUUAAAGACGAAGCUAUUCGAUGUACUGUAAUGAUGUGCGGUCAAUUAAAGGACUUUUGGAAAAGGCCAA